AUGGUCUCGGACAGCUCCAGCAACAUCCGCGUCUUCAUUCGCUGGGACGACCAGACUGUCUUUGCUGGCGAGGAGAUCAAGUGCACCAUCACCUUCAAGAACGUUGCCGCCGAUUCCAGUCAACAUAAGCAGACCCAACGGCAGGCAAAUGUCGCCGAUCGUCCCCGAUAUGCCACCCCGCUGCAUCGUGGGAAGCCCAUCACCGGCUCGACCCCACCGACCCCGUCAACGGCUGGUCCCUCUCGCGGCCACCGUUCUACCCUUUCCCUAAGUGCACCGGCCGCCUUCUCAAGGAGCCGUUCUGGCUCGAUCGUGUGGCCACAACCCCCACCGCACCCUCCGAAAUCUAGCGACAACCAAGGCAACAGUCAUCGACGGUCCAUCUCCAUCGUCUCCAUUGGAUCGGCCAAUACAGCUCCCGAUGAUGCGCAAAGCAACGCUUCGUUCGCCAGGAUACAAAGGCCCGGAAGGGGGCAUGCGCGGGCUCACAGCUUGCACAUUAUGCCCCGGGCUGGCCUCGGGAUCUCUGGGCCCCAGUCAGCAUCACCGCGGCAGGUCAGCUCUCCGAUGUUCAAAUCUACACAGAUGUCCGAUCGACACCCCCGGUCUCCAGGUCCAUCAACCAUGCCGAAUACUCCCGCCAUCAGCGGCCCUUUCCGACAGUCACGGUCACCUUCUAGUAAUAUGCCCGAAUUCAAGUUUCCAAUGGCGCCCUCGCCAUUAUCCGAAUCUCAUAACAGCCCAUUAAAUCCCACUGACGACAGCUUUCUGAGCCCCAAGAACGAAUCAAUUUCGGCAUUCCGGACGAAGGACGGCUCUCAUGGGGCUCCUGACCACUCACACAUGCAUGCGACCACCCCAGCAAUGCGAAUCCUUUCCUCGACAAGCAUGGGAGGAACACCAAGAAGUAGCGGGGAGUUCUACGCGGCGAGCAAUCACUCUUCGGAAACGCUCAUCUCGGAGUACCCCGCCCACCAGCAACCGCUUCGUGGUCAGCACCAGCCAAGGCCUUCACAUCUCAGACGAAGUUCCAAUUUCAGCUCACUGCAACAGCCGAAAGGACCCGAAACCAUUAUGAUGGCGUAUGCUCAGGUUCAAGGUUCCUUCACCCUGGAUGGUUCACUCAUCAACCUGGCGCCUUUUGAGCAAGUUAAGCGAAAAGCCGUUCUUGGUGGACAAGGGGGCGGCGUGAUUGGCGUCGAGACUUCUUCCAGGCGCGACAGCGGUCUUCGUCGCAGCUUCGGAUGGGGGAGUAUAAGCAGCUCCCUUGGCGACCUUCUCGGAACUGGGGAGCUCAGCAGCAUGAAGGACAUGCGCGGCAUCGCGAGCUCCAAGUCUGUGCCGCUCCUCUCUACGCCGCAGUCGAUCCUGUUUCGUUGA